AUGGCAAAGACAAAAGUUACUCCAGGGAAAUGUCGUAAAUGCCCCAUGUGCACCUACAUGGCAAGAACGGAAGAGGACUACAAAAGCCAUGUUGUACAGUGCGCUAUGAGAACAUUUAACUGCACCUUUUGCAGUUACUCAAGCAAUAAGGAGAUAAAUGUCAAGAGACAUGAGAAAAGAGCCCACCUUGGCCUGAUUGAGGAGCCCAUCAAGCUUGAUGGUAGGCCCGAUGAGAGAAGAGAGGCAACUUGUAAUGAAAGUGUUGAAAAAGACGAAGAGGAAUCAGGGAAAGAGUGGCUUAAGCAAGACUAUGGGGACGUUAUUGGCACUCUGUCUACUGAUAGUAGUGAUAAUGAAGAAGAGGCAAAAGAUUCCCCAUCACAGAAAGAGGAAAAAGCCAUUAACGAUAAGCUGUUGGAGGGUAGAGUCGUAAGGAAACAAACAGCACCCACCAAACCCCACAUUCCAAAAACGAAGAUUCCUCAAUCCACUAGUAAACCAGAAGUUGAAGGUACUCAAGAAUCCAAAUGUGAGAGUUGUAAGAGGAAGAGAUUCAUGGUGGACAUUGGAACCCAGACUGAGGCGGGUGAGAAGACCAUCAUGAGGUCUACCAAGCGGGUCAAAAGAUUUCGUGAGGGUGACAUUGACAUUGAAGAAGUAGUUGAGGAGAAGACUGAACUUCGCUGA